UGCAUUUGCACAUCAAUUGUCAUUUAGUAGUCGUUGAGAAUUGUUGAAAUGAGGCUUUUAUUUGUUUUCUGCGUGGCCGCAGUUGUAGUGGCCAUGUGUUAUGCUGGCGAACCUAAAAAACCGGCCAAACAGAGUGGCGAUGGUGCACCGGGUGCGCCGGGCAAGAAUGGUGGAGGCGGCGGUGGUGGUGAUGGAGGAAACGGAGGUGGUGGCGGAAAUGGUGGUGGUGGUGACGGAGGUGGCGGCGGUAAUGGUGGUGGCGGCGGUGGCAACGGAGGUGGUGGCGGAAAUGGUGGGGGUGGUAACGGAGGUGGUGGCGGAAAUGGCGGCGGUGGAAACGGUGGCGAUGGUGGCAAAGGUGGAGAGGAUGGCGCUCCUGGUGCUCCAGGAGCUCCAGGUCACUAAUUCUGUUUUCGUGAAUAAAUUCCUUUGAAUAUUGAAAAGUAUGCGUAAGUAUUAUUGGAAAUGUUUGGUACCAAACAAGUCAAUCGCGUACGACGACUGAUGCAGGAUUAACUGCAUUGAAUAUUGGGAUUCUAUUAAAUUAAAAAUAUACAACACUACAGCUAGUAAAUUGGCGCUAUAACCGCUUAACCUAUUUUACUAACAAUGAUAUUUACCUAUGUACCUAAGGCUUGUUUUCACUAUGUCUAAUUCAAUGACAUUUGUUACCAAAUAAAUGGAAACACAUUGUAAAAUAGGACUAAA